AUGAAGGUGGUCAUUUUAGCUGCUGGGUAUGGGACCCGCCUCCAGUGUGACAUCGGGCGAGACACCACCGGGGACCACGCCCAUCUCGUUGGUCUACCCAAACCUCUGGUUCCCAUCGGACCCAAGCCUCUCAGUCUCAUCUCGCACUGGAUGCAGACUUUGACGGAGGAUAGCGAUGGUAUCACUGAUUCCAUAUUUGUAGUGACAAACGAUUACUACAAGGAGCAGUUUGAAACCUGGGCCCUUGAUUGGAAACGAGUCCAACUCAUCAGUGAUGGUACUACCUGUAAUGAUGAUAGAAUUGGAGCUGUGGCUUGCCUCCAGUUAGCUGUGAAAGAAGGAAAGAUAGAUGAUGAUGUACUGGUCAUAGGAGGGGAUACCCUCUUUUAUGAUGACUUCUCCCUGUCUGAUUUUCUAGCGGCCUUUCAGAAGAGAAAAGAGAGCUCCCCUGUAGCCAGCAUGGUCGUCUCCAACCAUGUUUCUUCUGAAGAGGUCGUGAAACGAGGUAUCCUAGAGGUCAAUGAUGAGCUAAAGGUCACGGCAUUCCUGGAGAAACCUAACCCAGAAGACACAGACUCCAGGAGAGCCUGUCCAUGCUUCUACCUGUUCUCACAGCAAAGUUUACCACAUCUGGAUAGUUUUCUGUCAGAGGAUAGGCCAAUGAAAGAAAGAGAUGCUACAGGAAACUUUGUGAAAUACCUCUACUCCAGAAUGCCAGUCUAUGUCUAUGACAUCUCUGGACGCUUUGAUGUUGGUUCCUUAGAAGACUACAAAGUGUGUCAUCAACAUUUCUUGGAUAAAGGAAAGAGUUAACAGAGGACUACUAUCAUUAGUUCAUUAUCAUUCUGAAUAGCCUACUGAAAUAUUUUACAUAUAUUCUAAAGAGAACAUUGCCUACAGGGUGUGUCAUCAAUAUUUCUUGGAGAAAGAAAAGAGAUAACAGAGGACUAGAGGACUACUGUCAUUGGUUCAUUAUCAUUCUGAGUAGAAUAGUGCACUAUUUUAAAUAUGUUCUUAGGAGAACAUUGCCUACAGGGUGUGUAAUCAACAUUUCUUCAAGAAAGAAAAGAGAUAACAGAGGACAAUGGGACUAUUGUCAUUAGUUUAGUAUCAUUCUGAGUAAUUUAGUGAAAUAUCUUUGAAUGGUCUAAAGAGAACAUUGCCUACAGGGUGUGUCAUCAAUAUAUCUUGGAGAAAGAAAAGAGAUAACAGAGGACUACCAUCAUAUCAUUCUGAAUCAUAUAUAUUGGCUACAAUGUGUGAGAAAGGAAAGAGAUAACAGAGGAGUACUGUCAUUAGUUUAUUAUAGAUCUGAAUAGCCUAGUGAAAUAUUUUAAAUAUGUUCUUAAGAAGAUAUUGCCUACAGGGUCUCUCAUCAAUAUUUAUUGGAGAAAGAAAAGAGAUAACAGAGGACUAGAGUACUGCUGUCAUUCUGAGUAGUUUAGUAAAAUAUCUUUGAAUGGUCUAAAGAGAACAUUGCCUACAGGGCGUGUCAUCAAUAUUUCUUGGAGAAAGAAAAGAGAUAACAGAGGACUAGAGUACUGCUGUCAUUCUGAGUAGUUUAGUAAAAUAUCUUUGAAUGGUCUAAAGAGAACAUUGCCUACAGGGCGUGUCAUCAAUAUUUCUUGGAGAAAGAAAAGAGAUAACAGAGGACUAGAGUACUGCUGUCAUUCUGAGUAGUUUAGUAAAAUAUCUUUGAAUGGUCUAAAGAGAACAUUGCCUACAGGGCGUGUCAUCAAUAUUUCUUGUAGAAAGAAAAGAGAUAACAGAGGACUAGAGUACUGCUGUCAUUCUGAGUAGUUUAGUAAAAUAUCUUUGAAUGGUCUAAAGAGAACAUUGCCUACAGGGUGUGCCAUCAAUAUUUCUUGGAGAAAGAAAAGAGAUAACAGAGGACUACUAUAAUAUCAUUCUGAAUAGCUGAUUGGCUACAAGGUGUGUCAAUAACAAUUCCCAGAAAAAGUAAAAAGAUAACUUACUAUACUAUCAUAUAUUGCUGAAUAGCCAUAGUGAAAUAUCAAGACAGUUAGCUACAGGGUAUGUCAUGAAUAUUUCGUAGAUAAAUGAAGAGAUAAAAGAGGACUGCUAUCAUUCAUUUCUGAGUACGGUAGCUUUGUGAAAUACAGUACUAUUAAGAACAUUGGCUACAAGGUACACCAAAAUUUCUCGGGAAAGAAAAGAGAGAACAGUGGAUUAUAAUGAUUUCUUUCUGAAUAGCAAUAGUGAAUAUUAAGAAAGUUUGCUGCAAGAUGUGUUGUCAAAAUGAAGACAAAAGAUAACAGAGGUCUGUUUUGUAUGUAUAUAUAACCAUCAUGAAUAUAAAUUAGUGAUAUGUGAAGUAGAUUGAAAUGUGUCUUAAAAAUCUAAUAAUAAUAAAAACGCACAAUUAACAACGAUGAAGAUGAAAAAGUAGUUGUAAUACAGUGAGUUGUACAUUGUCAAAUUCAUCAAUAUGAUUAUUUUUGUACCUGAUUUUUUAAUAAAGUAACCAUGCAAAUGUAUU